CAGCCUAUGCACCCAGAACCCACUAAUUAAAUCACUCGUCUAAUCAGGGUGACUAGCUGGCAAUGGAGACGUGCCAGAGGAAGAAGAAGCAGCUCGCCCCACUGCUGAUCCUGGCCAUGCUCCUCGUCGCCUCCUUUGGGGUGACGGUGGAGGGGAAGAUGGUGUGCGCAUGUACACGCCGUGGUGCAUCGGGAAGUGCUACAAGACGGGCAAGUGCAUGCGCUGCUGCAAGCACUUCGGCCACAUCCACGGCCGCUGCAGCCUCAAACACGGCAUGGGAUGCUACUGCUGCUACGACCCCGCCGCCCUCCGCCGCCGCUACCACCAGGCACCAGCAGCAGACGGUGACCGCGCCGCCACCGGCCGACCACGUGUUCACGCAUGACCUGGCCAUACAUGCAUGAUA